AUGUCUGCCAUCGCUCGCCCCAUCGCAGAGCUCUUCUCGCGCAACAGCGUCUACGUCGGCUCCAUCUUCUUCGGCGCCUUCGCGUUCGGCCUGACCUUCGACAAGGCGACCUCGGCGUGGUGGGACAACCACAACCAGGGCAAGCAGUGGAAGGACAUCCGCGCCAAGUACCAGACCGAGGAGUAA